CUCGUCUGGCCGAUACACCCUUCGUUAUACACCUCUAAUCCUCUCCUCCAAAUCAGGUACAUCCGAGUCGACGCCCCUCUAUCUAUAUCUUGUGACACCCACGCGAUCUGCAGGCCGAUGCGAACGAAUUCCAUCCCGAUUCAAUAAAACCGAGGCGGUGUAAGAACGGCGCAGAUACUUACUUGGCCACAGCCGUGGAUACGAAUCACAUCCGCAGCGGCGAGUGACAGAUACAGUUUCGGCCGCUCCAAUAUUUAGGAGCGGGGGCGCGCUAAGCUGACUUACCUCUGGUUCCUUCACCCCCUAUGGCCCGCUUUACAGGCGAAGCAGGCGCAGCCCUGGUCUUCCUCAUCGGUUAUCUGGGGAUCUUCGCAUGGAUGCUCUUCGCGUACCUCACCCACCGCAUCAAGUGGCGGUCCCGCUACUCGCUUUUGUUCUUCCACGUCACGAUUCGACUUGCCUCGCAGGGAUGUGGAAUCGCAUUCGGAAUGCUGGGCUUUGCGAAUACGAGCGUGUUUCUGGCCUUCUUGAUCCUCGGAGCUGAGGGGUACUUCUCCUUGGUGCUCUGCGCCUUCCGCUUCGUCAUCUCCUGGCACCAGCACAAUCUUCCGAACGGUGAAUCUUGGCUGGAGCCGCGGGACCCACCCAACACCAACAAAUGGCGCAAGGGCCUGAUCUUCGCGUUGCUCGGGCCACUCGCGUUCGUUAUCUAUCACGACAACCCGAUGGUCUUCUUCCACUCCGCGCUCAUUGUCGCCAACGUCGCCAUCGUUGUCGGCGGCUCGUACCUCGCCGGCGCAGACUACACGGACCCGAACUCAGCCGACACACGUAACAGGAUGCUUGUAUCGCGCAUCACGCGGACGGCAGGGCAGGGAGUCUUUCUCGCAGGCAAUGCCCUGUUGCUGGGUAUCAUCCUGGUUACGAUGCGGAAUAACCGCCGGGAUGGCGACGCUCGCCGGCGGCCUGGGACGGUCCAUCCGACGCUUGUGCUGCUUCUUGUGGCGUGGUUCCCGCUUAUCGUGCGUGGAAUCUUCGGGAUAUUGCAGGCUUGUGUAUGGAGCUUGUCAUAUUAUAAUCCGGACAACUAUGACGCGGGAGGCUUCACACCUCGGUUCACAGCGAUUGAAUAUGUUCUGGGAGUGUUCACCGAGUGGGUAGCCUGUAUACUGCUGAAUCUGACAUAUCUUACAUCAAGGAAUGAUCCUCGUAAGCGUGAUAGAGUUGAGGAGAGAGAGUUCGGAAAAGAAUCCAGUCAUCAAACAUAACUGAGUAUAUGUUACAUGUGUCCCUAUUUGUAUCAAUUCUGGAUGGGCCCGAAAUACUCCACCAUCCACAAACGCUGGAUCUCCGCACACGUUUCUUGAGUGACAUCUACCCAUUUUUCCUCGCGCAGCUCGUCGUGCCAAUCAUGGUCAUCGUGAGAGAUGAUGUCAAAGCGUUCUCCGGCCACCCUCCGGCCCAUGGAGUCGGGCGCACAGAUGCGCGCCAGAGCGAUGUUCCCUAGUGUCAGGUGCUUGUGAACUUGCGGGUCUUGCACUGAUCCCAUGGCUCGCUGGAGUAGCCGCUCCUGGACGUACUCCUUGCGCUCUAGAUUGCGCAGUACAUGGG